AACAAUUUUUGAGUUUUGGAAGGGAAAAUGUGUGUUAUUCUGUAGUCAAAAUUAUCUCAUGGGAUACCCAAAAUGCUUUGCGCACAAAUGUAAACAGAAGGAGGUCUUCGAAGCGACGGAGUAGUUCCAGAAUUUGACCUUUAAGCUAUGAUGGAUAAUCUCAUACGAGUUCUUCUUCGCACAAGUGAGAAGUCUGCGAGUAUAGCUCGGGCUUGGAUCACGCAGAAGGAACUUUUUUCUUUACUGGUUGAAGAAAAAACGGGCAAAGAGAAGAACGAACGGUUUGUAGCGGAUUUCAAAACCUUGGCCGAUGUUAUCGUACAAGAAGUUGUUAAACGCGAUGUUAUUCAAGAGUUUCCACAUCUUAAAGGGCACAUUCAUGGUGAAGAAUCUAAUAAAUUCACCCUCAAGGAUGGACACACUAUUACCAUAGCAAUACAAGACACACCCAGGGCGACAGCUGAACAUUUAGGCCAAGUGCUGCCUGGACAUGAAGCUGCCACCCAUACACUCGCCGACAUCAUUCACAAUGAUACAAGUCAUGAUGAUGAUAUGUUGUCAGUGCAAUCAACUGAUGGAACUCUUGAUCUGGGAAACAUUGGAAUUUGGAUUGAUCCAAUUGAUGGAACUGCCCAGUAUAUGAGUGGAUCCCAUGGAGUCUUCACAAAUGGCCUUUUGGCUCAAGGACUCCCCUGUGUUUGUGUUCUUAUUGGUGUUUAUGAUGAAAUCACUGGGCAACCGAUAGCUGGAGUAAUCAACCAACCAUUUAUCAAGUACAAUGAGACAACACAGACAUGGACUGGUGGUAAAACUUGGGGGUAUUCACUCCCUGGGUGCAACAGAACAUCAAUUAAAAACAUUAACAGGGAAAAUAAUAACAUGGAUGAUAGAAGAACACUCACAGUAACCAAUAGUGCAAGUGAAACAGAAGAUGUUAUAAGGAAGCUAAAGGAAGACGGAAUAUCGUGUCUUACAAUGUCAACUGUUGGCUACAAACUACUCAAAGUGAUUGACAGUACAGUUGAUGCCUAUGUCCUUAGCAGGGCGACUUCAUUCAAGUGGGAUACCUGUGCUGCGCAUGCUAUAAUCAGGGCUAUGGGGGGAGGGGUGGUGAAUUUAGGGCAGGCCCUAAAGAGUGGUUUAGUCAAAGAGGGUGCCUCAAAUAUUGAAGAUAAGCUAAGGGAAUUACAGAUUUGUUAUAGUAAGCCGGACCAGGAAAACUACAAGCCUGGUAAGAAAUGGAGUAACUCUGGAGGACUUGUUGCUUACAUGAGAUGUGAAGAUCUUUUAACAGUCAUCAAAGCCCUCACCUAAAUUGGCAAUUUUAUUGUAUCCACUUAUUAGAAAGCUAUAUUUAUAUUUCUUACACUAUUUUAGACAUUUUAAUGAAUGGUUACACUACGUGGCACCCUGCUAGCAAAGCUUUCUUCCUGUUUGUUUCUAUCAUUUUGCUUAUCCGUGUCGCGUCUCUGUUUUUUCGCGUUUUCGUAUGUUGGUAGUGGCAUAUUGAUUUGUGAUCUCAAAAAAAAAAAAACGAAGGCGCGGUUAAAAAGGCCCGAGCCCCGCCCCCAUUUUUCAAAUGGAGAGAAAUUCCAAUAUGGCGGCCAUUACCGUUACGAGCCCAGUCAAGAAAGAACACCGCGCCUUCGUGUUUGUAUUAAUUUAAACACCUGAGGUUACCUAUAUAUUACCGCCAAGGGGAAGCCUUCGAAAACCGGGAUAAAAUUGUUUUACGAUAUUUGACACAAAUUCAUGAGUACGGGAAUAAAUUGAUUUUUACAUA